CCCUCUCUUUUGUUAUAGCCCAUUAAAACCCAUGACCUUCCCCCAUUCCCCGGAGUAAGCUCAUUGCUCGACGAGAGCCGGAUCCACAAACCAAAUAUCUUCUCUGCUUACCUCCGGAUUCUAGGAUUUUCUCUCAGAGUGAGGAGCUGCGCCUGUCGGGGCGAGAAGAGAUGAUGCGACGCUCGUCGGGGAAGAAGACGGGGCAGCAAGUUCCGGGCUCGGCAGCCGUCAAUUCUUCCGCAGGUGCUUCUGAUCUGUUGCGCUCCGCCUCAAAUAAAGCCGUGUCAAAGGAAACAGAACGAAUUGAUCAAUUAUUUUACACGUACUAUGAUAAAUCUACUGGCUUGAUAGGUCCUGAAGGGAUCGUGGCUUUCUGUGCUGAUGUGGAAGUAGAGUAUACUGACGUCAGGAUAUUGAUGCUUGCCUGGAGGAUGCAAGCUGAAAGGCAAGGAUAUUUCACCCUCGAAGAAUGGAGAAGAGGUCUAAAAGCUAUACGAGCUGACACUAUCAGUAAAUUAAAGAAAGCUCUACCCGAAUUGGAGAAAGAGGUUAUGAGGCCUCAAAAUUUUCUGGAGUUCUAUACUUAUUCUUUUCGCUACUACUUAACAGAGGAUAAGCAGAAAAGUGUAGAUAUUAAUAUUGCCUGUGAAGUGCUAGAUCUUGUAUUAGGCUUGAAGUUUGGUCCCCAGAUUGACAGAUUAGGAGAAUAUCUUAAGAAACAACAAGAGUAUAAAGUUGUAAAUAUGGACCAGUGGUUGGGCAUUCUCAGAUUUUGCAAGGAGAUAAACUUUCCAUCGCUAGAUAAUUAUGACCCUGACCUUGCUUGGCCUAUAAUAUUGGACAAUUUUGUGGAGUGGAUGCGUGAGCAGAAUUCUUAGGUCAUUCUAUGACAUUCUUCUCUUGCUAAGGCACUGCCUAUAUGAUUUUUUUUUUCUUCUUUUAUGUGGCUUAUUUGAUUUGUUUCAGAAAACUAUAUAAAUAUGUUGUAUUGUCCUUUACUAUUGAAGCUUUGUUUUAUAACAGAUAAAUAUUUGAUAGACAAGUUUGUCUCUUACG